UGUGGGAUCCCACCAGCUCUCCGUGGUCUGUGAUUCCUUGGCAUGGAUGCCAGGGAACAGGAGGUGCUGGUCAGUUCCUAUUGGAUUUGCUUGUUGGGUGCUUUUGGGGAUCCCAAAGCCCCCUUUCCAUAGCAGCAGUAGCUUGGAUAAAUCCCCCUCAUCGUCUGUGGUGCCUGGGAUCUGCCUGGGAGAGCAGCUUCCUUUCGACUUGACUGGGAAAAACCCUUUUUGGGGGGAAGGCAACGAAGCUUUCCUGCUGCAGGAGCUGAUUCCUGGGGAACAGCAUCCCCUAACCCUCGCGGAGACCCCAAAUGGGGGAAUGGGGCUGCCCCCCUCGGCUGGGGCCAGGACAAAGCCUUGGGAGAGGCUGGGAAACUGCAGGAGGCAAAGGAAGAUUUCAGCUGGAAAGCAGCAAAGGGCUUUGAGGGCUCCUGGAGGGGGGGAUGUCCACACACAGAGAUGUUGGGAAUGUCGCUUGUUUAAAGGCUCCCGAGGUUAAUCGAGUGGCUCUGCCCCUUCCCGAGGGUUCCUGUCCCUCCUUCAGCUCCUGCCUGGUGGCUGAGAGGCUUCAGCGCAUUCGCUCAGCUCCUGGAAGAGGAGCCAAGGCCGGGAGAGAUGGAGGGGGAGCAGUGAUGGAGCAUCCCUGCUGGAAAAUCCCAAGGCAUCCAAUUUUUGAGUUCUUCCCCUUCAUCCUAACGCUGUGUCUCGUGCAUUCCAGGCUGUCCCGCUGGCAGGGAGCGUUUGCCAUGGACACUGGGCACGUAAGCAGAUCCCGCUUCAGUGUGGCCUCCAGCCCGCCGCGCUGGGAGAUCGGGCUCUACGCCGCCGGCGCCUUGGCGCUGCUGGGAAUCGCAGCCAUCAACCUGUGGAAGCUCUGGCGCUCCGGGAGCUACCCGGCCCCUUCCCCCUUCCCCAAUUAUGACUAUCGGUACCUGGAGCAGAAGUACGGAGCGGCGUGCCCGGACAUCAGGAGCAAGCGAGGGCUGGCCCCGGGCUCGCAGCGGGCGCCAGGUCGGAGCUCUUCGUCCCGCAAAAGCAGCCUGAGGGCAGAGGACACCUUGGAGAGCAUCCAGGAGCUGGGCAGCCUGGAGCUGAUGGGCAGAGACCUGGGCCUGGCCCACUACGGCCCCCUGCGGAAAUCCAUCUCGGCCGACUCCCUCAACUCCAUCUCGUCCAUCGGGAACAACUUCGGGCAGGAUUUCACGGUGGGGCAGGUGGAGGUGUCCAUGGAGUACGACGGGAGGGCGGCCGCCCUGCACGUGACGCUGCUGCAGGGCAAGGACCUGCUGGAGAAGGAGGAUGCGCGCUUCGAGUCCUGCUUCAUGCGGAUCAGCCUCCUCCCGGCCGAGCAGAUCGUCGGCAUCUCCCGGAUCCAGAGGAGCUCCUACUCGGUGGCGUUCGACGAGCGCUUCUCGGUGCCGCUGGACCCGGCGGCGCUGGAGGAGAACAGCCUGCGCUUCUCCGUCUUCGGCGUCGACGAGGACGAGCGCAGCGUCAGCACCGGCGUGGCCGAGCUCAAACUCUCCGACCUGGAGCUGGCCACGCGUCCCUUCAACGCCUGGCUCUACCUGCAGGACACCAACAAGGCGGUGGACACGGUGGGGGAGAUCCUGCUCUCCCUGAGCUACCUGCCCACGGCCGAGCGGCUCACGGUGGUGGUGGUCAAAGCCAAGAACCUCGUGUGGAGCAAUGGGAAGGUGACUGCAGAUCCCUUUGUCAAGGUGUACCUGCUGCAGGACGGGAGGAAGAUCAGCAAGAAGAAGACGGCAGUGAAGAGGGGAGACACCAACCCCGUGUUCAACGAGGCCAUGAUCUUCUCCGUGCCAGCCAUCGUGCUCCAGGAGCUGUCCCUGCGCGUGACGGUGGCCGAGGGCGGCGAGGACGGGCGCGGGGACAACACGGGCCACGUGCUGAUCGGGCCGGCGGCCAGCGGCAUGGGCACCACGCACUGGAACCAGAUGCUGGCCACGCUCCGCAAGCCCGUCUCCAUGUGGCACCCGCUCCGCAGGAAUUAGCCCGCAGCCUGGGGACUUGGCGGCACCCGCAGGGCCGAGCUGCCGGCGCCGAGGGGCCCACAACGCCCGGAGCACGGACAGAGCGGCUCCGUGGGCACAGCCCGGGUCGCCCCUGCACGCCUGGGCCAGAGCUGCCCAGGACAGGAGCCCAAAACGGACCCAAAGCAGGAGGAACCUGCCCAAAGCGCGGCUCCCGAGAGUUCCGCGUGCUCCCAACGGCCUCGGAACCUGUGGAAUCCUCAGACCUGGACUCUGAGCGAGGGAGAGGAGGGAUUCCAUUGGAAGGUGGUUUUUGGGUGGGAAUCGUGCGGGGGGUGAUCCUGAGAGGGUCUUUUGUAGUGACUUUGGUGCGCUGUGCCAGGGUUGGAAUGUUUCCAGUGAGAAUGGAAAAAGGGAGCAAUAACAGCAGAAAAUCAAUUGUUACGUACGGCUCCUCCUCCCAUCUGUUCCCCCACACAGUAAAUCCCUGCCUCUCUCCCCUGGCUGCACAGGCAGGGAUUGGUUUCCAACCUCUUUGUUUCCAGCCUCUUGGGUUUGAGGUCAGAUGCACACUGGGAACCAUCCCCUAAAGGUCCACUAGGAUCAGGGGCAGCUUUUCCCAUCCCAGCCACUUUUCCAACCCAACCUCAGGACAGCAUUACAAAUUCCUGCUCCUUCACACAACUCUCACUACUGGGGGCUGCUUUUUCCAGCCUCUAAUCCUGGACUUGGGCUCUGACUUACCCUGUAACUCAUUUUAUCCAAGAUUUGGGCAUAGAGAGGAACAUCUUGGCCUUGUGACCCAAGGCAGGUGGGAAAGGUCCCAAAUUUCAUAAUUUUUAAGCCCAACUCCUGUUUCAGGAGGAAGGGAGAGGAAAAGCCUGUGUGGAUCCUAUCUGCUGGUGGGGCUCUGGCCCAAGCUAGGUUUGGGAUUUUUGGGGAGCUGAUUCCCACUCUGGUUUCUGGAGGGUGAUGGAGCCCCUCAUGGCACAGGCUGGAGAGCAGAGGAUGCACGGGGGCCACAUCCCUCCUUGCCUGGGCCUUGGCUUUUCCCUGCCGGAAGGAUGUUGGUGGGAAGCCAGGCUGGGAAAUCUGGGGGUGUCUGGGGCCCUGUGCCAGGAAACUGGCACCAUGGGAUUAGCACAGGCUGGGAUGUGGCUGCUGGGAUGAUCUGAGCAGGGAAAGAAGUGUGAAUGAGCCAUUUAUGUGUUUUUCCCUCAUUAAAAAGUAACUCCAAGGUGAGUUAUCCCCUGA